AUGUUUAUUUGCUGCAAUAAUAAGCCAAAAAAAGAAAAUAAAUCCGUGAAAAAUGGUUCUACCGCUGCUCAUUCUGAUGCUGAAUCAAUUAAACAGAGCAAAUGUGAGGAAUACACAAACAAAGAGGCAAUCCAAGAGAUUAAAAAUAUAGAGCCCAUGAACGAAAAAGACAAAAAGCUUUAAGAGAUUUAAAACAUAGUUAACAGAAUCAAAGUAUACAGAAAUCAAGGGAAAUUCGAUAUGAGCAUCGAUAUUGAGAAGGCAUUCGUAACUUCUUUAAUUGAAUAAGAUUUACCAACUACGCAUUUUGUUGAGUGUAGAUGGGCUGUAAAUUAUACGAAAUUCCUUGAAAGAAAUAUAGACGAUAUACCUCCACCAAUUAAUAAUCAUAAAUUAUUGACUGAAGAUAAUACCAACAAAGAGAUAGUCGUUAUCAGAUCAGAGAAGGAUACUUAGCUUCUUCCAGGUUUAAAACCAGAUAGACACUACGUACUUCUAAAUGAUAGAUCAUGGAAUUUUAUAUAACUAUUGUAUGGUGGAGGACCAACAAUAAUUAUCGAUUUGGAUAUUACAGUGAUGUCACCAGAUAUUUUCCAUGACGAUCUAACUAAUGUUACAACCCAUACCGCUAACCCUUCCAAAAUCUCAUUUGAUCCAGCCAUAGAGAUAGCAAAAUAUGAAAUUUAAAAUUUAGAGGAAUCAGAAAUCACCAACAUUAAAAACACAAAUGGAAGAUCAAUUCCACAAAAAACUAAUUCGAUAAAAAUUAACCCAAAACCUUAUGAACUACCUUAUGUCGGUCUCAAUAACCCAAAAUAUUAUUGUUACAUGAACUCAAUUUUAUAAUGUCUACUUAGCAUAAAAGAAUUAAAUAAUUCAUUAAUAAAAUACCCAAAAUAACAAAAUAAGAAAUUUACUAUGGCUUAUCAAGAGUUUUUAAAAGUAGUGUAGAACUCUAUCCCAGGGUCAUCUAUAUCUGUUGAGAAACUCUAAAAUAUGUGCUUGAAUAAGUUUAAAUACACGUAGUAACAAGAUGCUCAUGAAUUCUUAUUGUAUCUCCUUUCAGAAAUCUAAGAAGAAUUAGUGGGAAAAAAGCAAUAUAAAAAAGAAGAAUUCCCAAAUGCUUAGGAAGCUUGGGAUAUUUACAAAAGUAGAAAUCCUGACAUCAUAACUGAUUUAUUUGCUGGUCAAAUAGCAAGUAAAUCCUAUUGUUCAAAAUGCAAACAGAUCAGCGAGGGAUUUGAUCCAAUCUUAGAUUUAAAUCUUCCUUUAUAAAAAAAUAGUAUUCCUAAAGAAUACAAAUUAUAUGAUUGUCUCUAGAACUACUUUAAAGAAGAGUAAAUAAAUGAUGUUUGGAAAUGUGAUAGAUGCAAUUUUGUAAAUAAAUCUGUCUUAAGGAAAAUUAAACUCACUUAAACUCCAAAAUAUCUUAUUCUUCAUCUGAAACGUUUUACCCAAAUUCCUAGGAGUCAAAAAAUUACGGAUGAAGUUAAAUAUCCUGAAAUUCUCGAUAUCAAAGAGUUUUGUGAGGAAAAUGUAGAAUACACUAAAUACACUUUGAAGGGAGUGAUCUCUCACAUGGGUUAGUUAAAUGGAGGUCAUUAUGUGGCUUAUACUUAAAGAUAAAAUUAAUGGUAUAAUUUCGAUGACAACGUAGUAACCAAAGAUAAAACUAAUCAACAUCUCUCCGACAAAGGUGCUUAUAUAAUUUUAUACGAAUAAAGAUGA